AUAAUAUACUGAUUUUUUUAUUAAUUGAAAUUUGCUAACAAUAUAAUUAUAGUUUUCAAUGAUGGAAACAAUAGAGGAACAAAUUUGUGGAAUAUGUGGAGCAAAUCAUUGUCCUAUGGAGUGUAAUGUGAUAAAAGUGGUAUCACACAUUCCUGACAAGCCCAUACCAUCAAAAGCAAGACUGACACUUCCAGAUGAUUUGGAUGUAAGGAAAUUAGCAGAUGAGACUCACACAGUCAUUGCUCUUUAUACCAUAGAGAAAGGCACACAGUUUGGACCUUUGCAAGCCAAAAAACUUUGCACUUUGCUGCCAACCAUUUAUUUUCCCUUGAAAGUAUUCUGUAGUACAGAAGAAGAAUUCUUGGAAUACUUUUUGGAUACAAGUGAUGAAAAUGAAUGUAGUUGGAUGAUGUUUGUUGCUGCAGCAAGUGAUUUUCAGGAGCAAAACUUGAUUUGCUACCAGGAUGGUGCAGAUCUAUAUUAUGUAGCUAUUAGGGAUAUACUAGAAGGAGAAUAUUUAAAGGUGUGGUAUUCCCCCCACUAUGCCACUAAAAUGCAGAAAGAUUUGUUGAAACCAAUUCAAAAGGACAAUAUUGAGGAACCUGAAGAUAGUUCAGUUCUCCUGGGAAAGAACAAGAAUCAUGUUUCAGCAAGAAAAACAUGGAGUUGCAAAUUUUGUGGCAAAGUUGAGAAAAAAAUCUCUGAAUUUGCAAAACACUUAUUGAAACAUUAUCAUAAACUGUCUGGAAGAUAUUGCCACAUUUGUAAUACCUCAUUUUUAAAAUCACAGGGAUAUCAAAAACAUAUGAAAAUUGUUCAUGAAUCAGAUAUCUUGAUCACACAUGAAGCAAGUCCAAAAGAAAAUAAACCACACCUGGCACAAAGUACCAAAAAAUCAUUCACCAAAAUUUCUAAAGAUAAUUGUGUGGGGGGACCAUUACUUAAUGAAGUGAUUGGUGAUAGUUUGGAUAUAACCACCCUAGAUUUACCCCAUACUGACACUGGUGCAUUUGAUUUAAAUAGUAUGGAGAAUCAAGGAAGCAUUUUUGAAAAUGAAAAUCUCAAUUUGAAUAUGGAAUCUAUAUUGGAAGACAGUCAGAAGGGCUUAGAGCACUUCAAUUUUGAGUUGAAAGAAAGUGAAUCUGAGCAAUUCAUUUGUGACAUUUGUUUGAAGAAGUUCAAACGAUUGAGGUAUCUUGUAUUCCAUAUGGAUCUGCAUACAGGAAAACAUACAUGUAGGCUUUGUUAUAAGGUUUUUGCUCGUAAGGAGAAUUUGUCAUUCCACCCCUGCAAGUCUUAUUAUAAAAUGAAGUGUGAACUAUGUGACAAGCUUUUCUAUCAAAGAAAGUAUUUGAACAACCAUAUGAAAUCAGCACAUAGUUCAUUCAACUGCAAGAUAUGUAAACAGUCUUUCAGUUCCAAAGUAAACCUAAUUGAUCAUGAUUGUUCUACAAAAUAUUCACUAGUCAAAACGCAUCUAUUCUCAUGUAAUGUUUGCUCAAAAAAAUUCAGAAACAAGAAAUAUUACAGAAUGCAUAUGAAAAGUCAUGAGGUUCCUAAAGAAACAUAUCCUUGUCUAGUUUGCAAUAUGACUUUGUCAUCACGAAGAUCAUAUGAGAAUCAUAUGAAGCGUCAUCAGGGAGUUUCUCACCAGUGUGAAUUAUGCCAGAUGGUUUUUACAAGGACUGACUCAUUGAGUCAUCACAAAAAAGUUGCCCACAGUAUUUCUAAGGUGACUAAGGAAAUUUGUGGAAAGUGUGGAAAAGCAGUCAAAACAAAAAAACUAUUGAAUGCUCAUAUGUUGACCCACCAAAAUGACAAAAAAAAGUUCAACUGCCCAGAUUGUUCUAGAACCUACACACAGUACAAGAACUUGUUAAGGCACAUCAAAUCAAGCCACACGUUGAAUAACAGAGGCAUCCAAAAAGUCCUUACCGAAAUUGAGAAACCUUUCUCUUGUCCAAAAUGCGGUAAAAAUAUGACAACCACCUAUUCGUUGAAGAGGCAUUUAACAUCAUUACACCCGGAUUAUCAUAUUUUGGAAUUUGAACAUGUCAAGCGCAAACGUGGUAAUUCUAAAACUGGCAGUAAAUCGAAGAAAGUUGAGGAACAAGCGGUUCUGGAUUUGAAACAAACCAUAGAAAACAUGGACUUCAACACAGAUGAUAUAAAUCAUAUGAAUACCGAAAUCAACAGUGAGAUUGACAAAUUUUUGAACAAUCCGGAAAUGUUUGCAAGUGAUAGCAAGGAUAAACUACUAGAUAGUUUGAUAAAUAGUGUCAAAGAUGAUGAAAAAACAGAUCUAAGGGAAAAAGAAGUAUUUUUAUCAAUGCCUGAGUUGGAUUUGGAUCAAGAAUCAAAUAUAGGAAAAUCGUCCAAAACUACAGCAGGGGUUCCAAAGAGCACCUCGGACUCAAUGAUUUAUUUUUUGGGACCAGAGUAGUAAGUGAUUGUAUGAAUUAUGAUAUAUGGUAUUUAAUAAGAGAUUAUUUAUUAUUAUUCAAUUAAUU